UCUGUGUCACCCUGCGUGCUCUCCCUGCUGUCCUCCCUCCAUGCUCAGGUUUGCUGCUCUUUGGUUUAGAUUCUCCCAGUUUAGUUCAUCUUUAGUUCUGUUUUACCAUCUCCACUUUAUGUUUGGUAUUCAUAAUAAAUCUCCCUCACAUCUGAAUAAGUACUGCAUUUGAGUCCUCCCUUCCACACCUCACACGGCCGCUGCCCCGAGCCGUGACAGUACGACGCAACCACAAGAUGGACCCAGCAGCACUUAACCCGUCUAAAGAGCUACGGGAGAACCUCAUCGAUGCCACUCAAGAGCUCAUCGACCUGUGGCUGGAAAGCCAGGAUUACAAGUCCCAGCGCGCUAUAGAGAGGCGGCUACAGCGUCUGGUGACCGGUCUCCCUUGGCUUUUGGGCUCGCUAUACCCGUGGGAGCAGGAAUUUCUCCUUUUGGAUUUGGGACUUCAUCCCCCACCUGCAUUUCCUUCCGAGCAGCCAGAAGCGGUGAGUGAGCGGGAUGCUUUGGCUCCCCCAGAUUCCGGGUCUUUGUUUUCUGGGGCUAUCCAGAGCGGGAUGAGAGACAAUAUGUAUAGCUUACCCACCUUCGUGGUGACGGACCCUUCCCAAGUGGGGGUCUAUACACCGUCUGCUAAACCUAAAGACCGUAUCUCUGCCGCUCCUUCCGAGCCUGGACUUUAUUGCCACCCUCCAGCCCAGUUUUGCGGUCAGCCGCUAGCAGCACCGCCAUUAGCUCCCCCAAGAGCACCAUUUCCUGUUCAGUCAGCCACUCAGCUACCAUCACCACUAACAUCACUGCAACCCCUAUUUCUGUCCAUGACUCAGUCAGUAGUUCAGUUAAUGGCUGAGUCACGAUCUUCACUCGCCCCUCUACAGGAAGCUAUGUCCGUGCACCCUUUAAAGGACUGUUUAUCCACCACUGUUCCUGAGCAGGGAGACAAACUGUUUCACAAGGGAACUGUUCCUCAAACGCUGACAACAUUAGAGACUGUUACUCACUCCAGGGCUUCCCCAGAGGCUAGGUUACAACCCUCAGCUAACUCUGGACCCCUGGAGGCCAAGUUGCCAGCUGUGGACUGCACCCGGCUAUCACUGCCUGAGCAGGGUCAGGGCUCUGUGCAGCUACAGCCCUCCUCGUGUGUGCCAGAGGCCCACGUGCCUACUGGUUUUGUUUCACGUGUACCAGAGGCCCACGAGCCUGCUGGUUUUGUUUUGUGUGUGCCAGGGGCUUCCAUGCCCACUGGUUUUGAGCCUGUUUUCGCUGGGGGGACCGAGGAGCCCAUCCAGCCUUCGCCGUCAUCAGCAGCUUCCGCUGAGGGGUCUCAGGAACCGCUUCAGCCUGCUGCUUUCGCUGGGGGGACCGGGGAGCCCAUCCAGCUAUCGCCAUUGCCUGCAGCGCCUCCAUCUCCGGCUCUCACGCCGCCACCGCCUGCAGCACCACCAUCUCCGGCUCUCAAGCCGCCGCCUGCAGCGCCUCCAUCUCCGGCUCUCACGCCGCCACCGCCUGCAGCGCCACCAUCUCCGGCUCUCACGCCGCCACCGCCUGCAGCGCCACCAUCUCCGGCUCUCAAGCCGCCGCCUGCAGCGCCUCCGUCUUUGGCUUCCAUGCCGCCACCGCCUGCAGCGCCUCCGUCUCCGGCUCUCACGCCGCCACCGCCUGCAGCGCCGCCAUCUCCGGCUCUCAAGCCGCCGCCGCCUGCAGCGCCUUCGUCUCCGGCUUUCACGCCGCCAUCUGCAGCGCCUUCGUCUGCAGCGCAUUCACCUACGGCUUCUACGCCUCCGCCUGCAGCGCCAUCGUCUCAGGCAUCUUCACUAGCUGCAGCCUCUUCGUCUUCACCAGCAGCACCGGCGGCUCCAUCACCGCCUGCACCAGCAGCUCCAUCACCGGCUGCACCAGCAGCGCCAUCACCGGCUGCACCAGCAGCUGUAGCAGCUCCAUCACCGGCUGCACCAGCAGCUCCAUCACCGGCUGCACCGGCAGCUGCAGCAGCUCCAUCACCGGCUGCACCGGCAGCUGCAGUAGCGCCACCGUCUCCGGCCUCCACGCCGCCGCCUGCAGCCUCGUCAUCUUCGCCAGCCGCAGCCUCUUCGUCUUCGCCAGCCGCAGCCUCUUCAUCCUCGCCAGCCGCAGCCUCAUCAUCCUUGCCGGCUGCAGUUUUUGCUUCUGCCUCCGUGCCUUCGCCUGGGCCAGCUUCAGAGCCUUCAGCAUCACCUGCUUUAGCUUCAGCCUCACCUUCGUCCUCGUCUGGUCCAGCUUUCGUGUCUGCAUCCUCGUCUGGUCCAGCCUUCGUGUCUGCAUCCUCGUCUGGCCCAGCCUCCUCAUCGGCUUCAGCCUCGCCUGCAGCAGCAGCUUCGUCGUCAUCAUCAGCACCUGCCGCAGCUUCUCCUGGCCCGGCCUCUGCAUCAGCUCCAGCCUCGCCUGGCCCGGCCUCUGCAUCAGCUCCAGCCUCGCCUGGCCCGGACUCUGCAUCAGCUCCAGCCUCGCCUGGUUCGGCUUCAGCAGCAGCUUCUGCCUCGGCCUCCGUAUCAGUUCCAGCCCCGCCUGGUUCGGCUUCAGCAGCAGCUUCUGCCUCAUCCUUCUCCUCGUCCUUGCCUGGUUCUGCUGGCACGCCGCCAUCCGGUCCACGUCCGGCACCUCAUUUUCACUGGCCGUUUUCUAGGCCGCUGGAUGGUCGUCAUCGCCGAUGUGGACGUCCUCCUGAACGAGGUUGUCGCCGCCACCGCCUUCCACGUGGCCGGCCUCCGGACUUCUGCGGCCGCCACCGCCUUCCGCGUGGCCGGCCUCCGGACUUCUGCGGCCGCCACCGCCUUCCGCGUGGCCGGCCUCCGGACUUCUGCGGCCACCACUGCCUUCUUCGUGGCCAGCCUCCUGAACUGUCCCAUACUGGCCUUCUGUGCUGUUGGGCCCCAGGUCGGCAACCUGAACUAUGUUUCAGACUCUGCUCCCCCGUGUGUUUGUGACCAUUUUGUUUGGGACUCUUGGGCCUCCAUUUUGGUCCUGGUCUGGUCCCUCCGUCCUGGACCCCCUACCGUCCACCCGGGUCUGGUGGUGUGUUUCUGUGGCUGUCGGGAGCCAGCCCUUGAGGGGGGGGUACUGUCAUGAUCCUGAGUCCAUGACUCAGCGGUUUUGGGUUUGGUGUAUUUAUUGUUAUUAUUUGUGGGCUGUUUGGGAUGGUUUGUGUUUUGGGAUUUUGAUACUGGGUUUCUGGGGUUGUGCUCCCUCUGUUGGUCCCUGGUGUGAGUGUUUCCCCUGUCUCGUCAGGUUAACCAGGUCCAGCUGUGUCUCCCACCUGUGUGUGAUUUCCCAGUGUCCCUCUGUGUAUUUAUUGUGUGUGUUUGCCUUUGUUCCUCGUUGCGAUGUCUGUGUUCAUCACUCAGUGUCACCCUGCCUACUCUGCAUUGCUCUGUGUUCUUCCUCUG